AUGGUGAACGUCAAGAAGGGAGUGUUGGUGACCAGUGAUCCAGCGUUCCGUCAGCUUCUCAUCCAUUUGGACGAUUCGAGACAGCUCGGAUCGAAGUUUAUUGUUAGAGAACUGGACGACACUCAUCUCUUUAUCGAAAAGGAUAUUGUACCAAUGUUGGAGAGCAAGGUGGAGCAAAUCAUGGAGAACAUGAAUCCGGAGACCAACGAUAACAAAUAA